AUGCUCUGGUCAUUUACGCUUAACACGUCACAAGCUGACGUCACGAGAUGUCAAUGCAUCGAGGUCACAUAUGAAUCUGGUUACGAUGCGGUGACUCCGACGCGUCCCUUCAAGUGGAAAUUAGUGGGCGAUACACACUACGGACCACUGUGUGGAAUUGAAUUUUUGGUGGCAUUCAAGAAAGGCAACUUUUGUGAACUUUGCGGGUGUGCCGUUCAGUCCGUGGAAGGACAUUUCUCAUGUGAAAGUCAUAUCAUGCAGUUUUUGACUAUCACUUUUCCAACGGAAAUGUUCCGUAUAUCACAAUAUGCACCGGAAUCUCGUAGAACAACCGUGUUAGGUCUGACUGCUAGCCCUAAGUUUCGUUUUGGUGGAGGACUGCACAAGAGAGUGAACGUGGACUGGUUUCCCUCUUCUAUGCAGGCAGUGAUAAAGUCUGAAGUGAUGUCAUUUCCAAGCCUGAUGCCUGAGCUUUCACCUCUUGGACUGGAGUGCCAGUGUUUAUUCUGUCCG